AUGGUGGUCAAGUUAUUGGAGGUUUUAAAUGUGGUUUUAUCUUUGAUGAAUGUCAUAUACACGACAGAAACAGUGUUUGCUCAGGAUCUACGUGUACAUGUAUCAGAGGCUACACAGAGCAGGGUGACGUUUGUGUGGAGAGUAAGUAAUUUGGACUUUUGUGGACUCCAGUCCAAUACUAAAAAUAAGGAGUUAGUGGACUAUAUAGAUGACUGUGUUCCGAACCCUUGUCUAAAUGGCGGCACAUGUGUCGAUGGCGUUAACAUGCACACAUGUAUAUGUGUAGAUGGCUAUGAUGGAGAUAACUGCAAGAAUAAUACAGAUGACUGUGUUCCAAACCGUUGUCAAAAUGGCGGCACAUGUGUCGAUGGCGUUAAAACGCACACAUGUAUAUGUGCAGAUGGCUAUGAUGAAGAAAACUGCAAGAAUAAUAUAGAUGACUGCGAUCCGAACCCUUGUCAAAAUGGCGGCACAUGUGUCGAUGGCGUUAACACGCACACAUGUACAUGUGCUGAUGGCUUUGAUGGCGACAACUGCAAGAAUAGUAUAUGUCCAUUUUUGUUUCAUUUUUGGCAGUAG